AUGUAUGAUCGAGCUCCCCGCUUGUUCAGAUUGGCUGAAGGUGGCAGCACUGAGGAGCAUGUGGGUCCUGGAUCCUACCAGGUACCUUUCCUGAAGCAGCAGGCAACAGGUGGCUACGCACCAUUCCUUUCUUUGGCUGCCAGAGAAAGUACUUUUACUGUUGCCUCUAACACUGAGAAAGCUGUUCCAGGGCCAGGACACUAUAAUGUUUCAGAAGCACAGAAAAUUUCAAGGGUACCACCUACAGUUUACAGAAGUGUUGAUGUUCCUUCAAUUCCUCCUUGUGGAUGGUCAUAUGGUUAUGAUAUUAAUGAGGAUGGCAGUAUUAUGAAACAUUCUCCACCUGCUAGUGACAGUACACUAGGUCCAGCAUACUAUAAACCUCAAUUUGAUUUUUCCAAUACAACUUUGAAAUACAAGGGGAUACAUUUUGGCAACUCUUUGGGAAGACUGGAGUUACCUACAAAGUCAGGGCCUGGUCCCGGACAGUAUAAUAUAGUCCAGAAAAAGACACCUCAUUAUGAAAAUAUUAACAUUAAGAAAGAUCAACGACAAAAUUAUUGCUUAAAUCUCCCACGAUUUUAUGAAGUAAUAAUAUUACAGGAGGAAAAAAAGAGAUUUGUACCUAUCAAGUCAAUCACUCCAGCUCCUGGCACAUAUAAUGAAUCUCGAACUGCUUUCAAUUCCUUGAAGAAAACACCAGCACUGAAAAGUACUCCAUUUGGUCAAAGUGCUGCUCGAUUCACACAGGACUCCAGGACAAAGGAAAUGCCAGGUCCUGGGUUUUAUAAUAUCCUAGACAAUACUAUAAUCAACAACUUUACCGAUACCUGCUUGAUGAAACAAAAGAAAAGUGCAUUUGGGUCUUCUGUUCCUCGGACUCUCUUCCUGGUUCAGGAAGAAGCUUUUACUGCUCCUGGUCCUGCUGAUUAUCAGGCUUUUUGGAAUUCACAGAUUGGUGGAAUUUCUGAUGAACUACCAAACUUGACUAACUGCUAUGCUGCUUUCUUGUCAAGAACACAAAGAUCUACUAAACUGUCAGAUAUGGAUAUUCCAGCACCUGGCAGCUAUGAUGUUCAAAAAUCAUACGAAAUGUCCCAAGUUCGACAUAAAUACAUGCCGCCUCGUACUUUUGUGGCUAAACUGAAACAUGCCUCCUUUCUUAGCACAACUCCACGGUGCCUGCAGAAAAUGACUGAUGGGCCAGGACCUGCAACAUAUGAUCCCGUUUUAAGGAAAUCUUGCUCCAUACCCUUAUUUGUUAAAGCAUCAAAGCGUUUUAAAGAUUCCAAAGAGAUAACUCCUGGUCCAGCAACAUAUGAGCUCAGUCCAUUUUUAAGACAUUCUGUUUUGAAGAAGACAUUUAAUGUCACUCUACCAAAUCCUUCCCUGAUUACGAGAGAAAACACUUUUACUGUAAAACAAAAAGCCAAACAAAAAAACCCAGAAAGCAAAGUAAAAUCUUCUAAAUGAUAUAUUCUAAAGGUAUUAUCUAUUAACAUAAAGGUAAGCUGACAGUUCUCUCACA